AGGAUGAACACAGUUUCCGACAACUUCCUAAAGGGGUUUCACCAUGAAACUAACCGUGGUCUGCUUAGUGGUGAGCUUCUUUCUGCUGUACUAUGCAGAGCAGAGUGAAGCCUGCCUGGAGGUAAUUGAGAAGGCAUUGGGUCUCCAACCGUGCAAUGAAGGUGGUCGCAAGGAACACAAGGAGACGCAUAGGGGUGGACCAGGACCUGUGAGAUCUACUGGGAGGCGCAGGAGAAUCCCUAGGAGACGUGAGACACCAAGACCAAAACAUCCAAAUAUCAGAAAACGGAAGCAUCACAGAAACACAAGGAAGCCUAGAACACACGUUCCUUGUACAGAUAGCACAACUCAAAAGACCAAUCCGACUUGUACUUGUACAGAAAGCACUACCACUACUCCAUGGACGGAUCCACCGGUUACAGAUAUUUCUACUCAAAAACCCAAUCCUCCCUGCACUUGUACAGAUAGCACUACUAAAACGACCAAUCCUCCAUGCACUUGUACAGAUAGCACUACUAAAAAGACCAAUCCGACUUGUACUUGUACAGAAAGCACUACCACUACUCCAUGGACGGAUCCACCGGUUACAGAUAUUUCUACUCAAAAACCCAAUCCUCCCUGCACUUGUACAGAUAGCACUACUAAAACGACCAAUCCUCCAUGCACUUGUACAGAUAGCACUACUAAAAAGACCAAUCCGACUUGUACUUGUACAGAAAGCACUACCACUACUCCAUGGACGGAUCCACCGGUUACAGAUAUUUCUACUCAAAAACCCAAUCCUCCAUGCACUUGUACAGAUAGCACAACUCAAAAGAACACCCUUCCACCCAAUCCACCAAGCACUGAAAACACCGAACCACCAUGCGGUUGUAGUAGCUCUCACCCGUCUGGAUGGAAUCCUGGCGGUCCUAUAAUACCAAGCGGUUCAACGACUACCAAGAAACCAGACGAAUGCUCGAGAAAACCGUCAGGUUGGAAUCCCGGCGGUCCGAUUUGGUCAAUACCAACACCAUCUCGAACGCCCUGCGGCUGUGUCUCGUGGAAUCCACCAGGUUGGAAUCCUGGCGGUCCUUGUUUUUCCCCAUUUCCCGGACCUUCCGGACCAGGACCUGUCAUUCCCAACAAUGCAGAAUGCGGAUUCGAUCCACAAUGCCCACAAGGCUGGAAUCCCGAUAGUCCUCUAAUACCCGAUCCCGAAAUUCCCGGGAACUUUGGACCCGGACCUGUCAUUCCCCUAAGUGGAGAAAAAGGAUGUGGCUGCCCGUGAUGUCCCCCAUUUGAUGUCCACCAAAAGCGGAACUUAGGUAAUAGCUUCGUAAUACCGUGGAUCGAAUACCAUUACUGAUAGAAGAAUGCAUCCAAUAAAAACCAUGUUGAUUGAACAAGAAAGCUGA